ACCAAUCAUAGGGUAUGCAAACUCGUUUCAAAAUGAAAUCUCGAAUUUCAACCAACUACUGACGAUGCCAAAAAGGGACGAAAAACUAAUCGAAGAAAAGCUAGCUCGAAUCAGAAAACUGCAUCAGAUGAUAGUGGACUUUGAACUGGACGCCAUCGAACAUUACGCAGGUGGCUGUUUGGUGCAGAUCUCAACCCAGGCCGGAUCCGUUCUUCUAUGUAUCUUUUUGGGCUAUAUUUGUGGCUACGUUCAGGCCAUCAGCAUUUCAAUGGGCCUAGCUUUUCAAAUCACACAGUAUUGUGCCUUGGGAACGAUUGUAACUGCCAAGAACGAACAAAUCACUGCGGACAUCUACGACAUUGGGUGGAAUAAGCUGCAGAAGCCACAGCAGCAGAUGGUCGCGUUUAUGUUGCAUCGUGCUCAGAUUGCCAGAGAUUUGACCGUGGGUCAGGUGGCUCCACUAAAUAUGGUCACGUAUGUCAAGAUUAUGAAAACCAUGUACUCCUUCUUUGCAAUGCUCGUCACAGUAAUGAGAUAAUUUAUGAAGUUCCUGAAAACGCUUCGUUACACACUAUCUAUCUAUUCAGUUAAACCCCAAAUUAAAAAAAGUGUCCCUGUGUUAAUAUAAAUGGCCGCUUAGGGACAAUGAUCAAAAUCAAGACUUUUAUGAAAAAUCAUCAGAAGAAUUGAACUCUACGAUCGGUAUAUAAAAAUGUUAUUGUGUAGAUUACUUUUCAUAAAUAGAUUUUAUUGAUGAUUUAUACAUUUUUUAGGAGCUGCAUACCAUGCUGCAUUUUCCGUGAGAUUUUUUCACAUAUUAUUCCACAACUAAUUUAAAGAGCUUUUCUCAACUUUUUAAUCUUUUUAAUACGAUGGACACACUGAUGGGCUACAUAUUUUAGGAUCUGGAUUACUACUUUUCUGCAGUGUCUAAAUUCAAUUCUCAAAAAUUCAUUGUCACGAAUUAAUGUAACUAACUCGGACGAAAAUACUAAAUAAACAUUUUUGAGUUAAUAUUCCUUG